GGAAGGUGCCCUGUGCAGCGCGCUACGGAGGUGUCGGAGCUAGGCUGCAAUUACACGUCCCACAGCUCAGAGACGGUAAACAAAGAGCAGGCAGCCCGGCUCGCAUUAUUCUCCCCAUCCUGCGUCAGGCUCCCCGCCCGCAGCCACCCAGGCUGACAGAGACGAACUCUUCGCGACUACCGGUGAAAGCGGAAGACCACGGCCUCGCAGGGAGCAACUGCGGGAGCAUUGCAUGGAGAGCCCGGGGUGCGGGGUGGACGGAGCGGGAGGGCCCCCGGCUGGCGUUUUUUAGUCUUCACCUCUCUGUGCUCUUACGCCCGCUGAAAGCCAGCCAGUAAAACAACGAGCGCGGUAAGGCAUUACAGACCUUGCCAUCAUGGCAUAUUCUGAUCACUGUAAACAGUUGUUAGACAAAUUAAACAAGCAGAGAGAAGGCGGCUUCCUGUGCGACUGCACCAUUCUCAUUGGUGACUUCCAGUACAAGGCUCACAGAAAUGUGUUGGCUUCUUUCAGUGAAUAUUUUGGAGCCCUUUUCAAGGAUGCUUUGGACUGCAUUAUACUUCUGGAUCAGAAGCAAGUGACCCCAGCUGGAUUCCAAACAAUGCUAGAUUUUAUAUACAGUGGUAACUUAAAUUUUGAUAGAUGUAAUAUAGAAGAAAUAUGUAAGGCUGCCGAAUACCUCAGACUAGAAAAAGUUGCUUUGACAUGUAGAACUAAAAUGGACUCUGUUAUGUUGGAAAAAACCUUUGUGACAGAAUUGCCUCUGACAGAGGCAAGCCAAGACACAAAUGAACAGUCUGCUUUUCCGCAUCUUCAAGGCACAAACAAAACUGAGGUUAUAUGUUCAGCCAAAAAAAUUGUAAGUAUAAAAGCUUCUAGGAGCAAAAAAUGGAAAAGGAAAAUGCGUUCUCAUCAAAAAGUUCAAAAAAAUGUAGCUGAGCAGCAGAAUCCGGUCUCCAUUGCUCCCCCAGAUCUCAGCCUGGACAUAAACGGUCUGACAGAAGCAUUGGUAGGCCCCGUCACUCAGGAAAAGGAUAACGGCUCACUGCCACUUAUAACUGCACUAAACUCUGAAAGCCUUUUAAUGGAAGAAAGUGUUGCACAAUCUGCUUGUAUGAAGCGGAAACAUGUCAAGUUACAGCAAAAUGGUGCUCUAAAGGAGCACUGUAUGGCUAAUAUCGUAAGUGCAAACAAUGUGUGCAAGAUGGACGGUUUGGUGAAAGGCUUGGAACAGAAAUACUUCAAAAAUAAACCUACGUGCAAUACUUGCGGAAAGAUUUUCUCAGAAGCCAGCAGUCUUCGGCGACACAUGCGGAUCCACAAAGGUGUUAAACCUUACGUGUGUCAUUUAUGUGGGAAAGCUUUUACUCAGUGUAACCAGCUGAAAACACAUGUACGGACCCAUACAGGAGAAAAACCAUAUCAGUGCAAACUCUGCGAUAAAGGCUUUGCUCAGAAAUGCCAGUUGGUCUUUCAUAGUCGAAUGCAUCAUGGUGAAGAGAAACCAUAUAAAUGUGACGUGUGCAAUCUACAGUUUGCAACCUCCAGUAAUUUAAAAAUUCACGCCAGAAAACACAGUGGAGAAAAGCCAUAUGUCUGUGACAGGUGUGGCCAGAGAUUUGCACAGGCCAGUACCCUGACAUACCAUGUCCGUCGUCACACGGGAGAGAAGCCGUAUGUCUGUGACACAUGUGGCAAGGCGUUUGCAGUCUCCAGUUCUUUAAUUACUCAUGCAAGAAAGCAUACAGGGGAGAAACCUUAUAUCUGUGGAGUUUGUGGGAAGAGUUUCAUUUCUUCGGGAGAACUUAAUAAACACUUUCGGUCCCAUACAGGGGAAAGGCCCUUUGUCUGUGAAGUGUGUGGAAAUUCCUAUACAGAUGUGAAAAAUUUAAAGAAGCACAAGCUGAAAAUACAUAGUGGAAGUGAAGAUGCAGAUGAAACAGACGCAAUUGAUGAUACACAUAACGAGGAGGACACCGAACAGAAAAGUCCAGAAGCAGAUAACCUUGAUCUGAAGCCAUCCGAGUUAUUCUUACCCCUCACUCUUCACAUAGGUCCUGAAGACCAUCAAAUGUUGCUGCCUGUAACUGAUAAUCAAUGUCUCUCUUCAGAGACUUUACUGAGGACAUCGGCAAACAGCUAUUCAGAACCACAAUAUAUAUUUCUACAGCAGAUGUACUGACAAACAGAGCACAACAAUGCUAGCAAAUAACAAACUGCAUCCCUGUAGGGUAAGACUACGAUGGAGGUUUAUAGCUGCAGUUUUGCCUGUUAGAAGAAACAUUCUUUGAUCUGUGAUGUAGAGGGAACAUUUACCCUAAUAUUUUUUACUUGCAAUAUUUUACCAGCACCUUGGGCUGUUUUGCUGGCAUUAUUUUUUUAGUGGAUGAAUAAUUGCAGUAAUGUGUUAGAAUGUUUACAUAAUGGUAACUUGCUUUAUUUAAAUAAGAGCAUAUUUUUUAAAUGUCUGUUGGACUCAUAGCCUAUUUGCAGUAGUUCCAUUAAAUACAUUUAUCUUUUUUGGA